CAGAACCAGAUUUUUCUAAUCCACAUUAAACAUGGCUGAUGGUAUGGCUGAGUUCGAUGAUCUCCAAGCUCCUGCUGCCGAAAAUCCUCCUCCAGCCACCGAGGAAGAUCCCGCCGCAGCAUUUCUAGCCAGAGAACAGGAUGAACUUGCUGGAAUUGAAGAUGAUGACUUCGGAAUUGGUUCAGAUCCCGCACAAACCGUCCCCGAUGCAACUCCGGCUACUCAGCAACAAGAUGACCUAGAUCCCCUUGCUGGCAUGGGUGGUGGUAUGGGUGGUGGCAUGGAUAGUGAAACGCCCGCUGAUGACUUGCAAACAAAUGGACCCUCAGACCUUUAUUCGGCCAUCUCAAGUGCAGACAACAGAGCAAAUGAACCAGAGAAGAUCCGCCUAUGGAGGGAAGAGCAAAAAGAGAUCCUCGAAAAGAAAGAUGAAGAAGCUGACGAGCUAGAAGUAGAAUGGAAGGUUUCGGCUAAGAAGGAGAUCUCAGACUGGUACGCUAGGCGAGAAGAGCAAGGUGUCAAAGCAAAGGCAUCGAAUAGGGCGGCUGAGGAGGCGUUCAUCCAGGAACGUGACGAGAUCACACCAGGGCAGGAGUGGGAACGCAUCGCUCGUCUCUGCGACUUCAACCCCAAGAACAACAAGAACCUCAAGGACAUCACCCGCUUUAGGUCAAUACUCCUUCACUUAAAGCAAUCGGGUGUCCAGCCCUCCAAAUAAAACCCCAUCUAGUGCAGUCAAGAAAUAGCCGUCAACCUUUGUGGUAACUUUGUGUUUAUGAUUCAGUGGAUCAGAUUUUUUCAGUAGACUUUGACAAAACUCACAUACUGUAACAACAUUAUAUAAAUAAACUUCACAGAAUGUCAAAUCUGAAAGUGUAGCUGUGCUUUUAAGAUUCAUAUCCGGUGUUUCUGAUGGUCUUUUAAGAACAGCUACAUGUAUGUCUAUUCUUUAUAGUUAAAAUAUUGAAUUAUGCCCACAUUAGAUUGGAGAGGUAUACUGGUAAUAUACAUGUCCAGCAAUACAUGAUACCAAGUACACAUUUUUGUUUAUUUUUUAGUUGAAUGAGAUCAAGUUGUAAAAGAGGUCAGGUCUAUUAUAUAAUAUACCUGAGACAUUAAUGCUACAUUUCUUUUCAAUAUAUAAUAUCAUUAGCAGUUAGCUGCUUUAACAGAAAUCAUUUUUUUUUCUCAUUAAUUUGUUCUUUUUUCCAUGAAGACAAUUUGGGGACAUUAGAUAAAUUGGAUUGGGAAUUAUUUGAAUUUGAAAUGUUAAAGUGGGUUUUCCAUCAGCCUAACUCAA